AUGAACGAUGACGACAAUAAUUCUAGAAUGUCCAUUGUUUCAAAUGAUUCUGAAACAGAAAUGGCAUCUACGAAUUUUGGAAUAAAUAGUUCAUUUGCAGCAUCCAUUGAGAAAACAAGUUUGGAAGAAGAAUAUAAUAAACGAGCAUAUUUAGAUGGUACAUGGUUUACUCCUGAUUUAUCUAAAUCGUCCUCUACUGGGAAAGUUUACGGCAUAUGUCAGCUGUGUAAAGUAGAAUUUAACAAACAUUCUGUCAUAUGUGGAAGUUUAAACUCCUCACCUAAUUUUAAAACUCAUUUGAAGUACAGUAAAAUUCCUUAUGGGGACAGUCAACGUGCUAAAAAUCUAACAAAUAAAUGCUUUUUAUACUGUUUUCAGGGAGUACAUAGUCAAAAAUUGACGGAAUUUGAGAAUUACUGUUUAACUAAAAGGCAACGUCUUCACAAUUCUCAGGAUAAUAAACCUCGAAGAACCUAUUGUGAUUUUUCUCAAAAAGAAUUCGAAGACAAUGUUACAAACUUUAUUUUAGAUAGUUUUGUGCCAUAUAAUACAGUAGAUUUACCAGCAUUCCGGAAAAUUUUUGAUGAUAUGAAUAUUCGUAAAAAUGGCAAACAACUACACCAUUUAUCUGCUCGCACAUUAUUGCGUAGAAUUGAGGAAUCAUAUAAUAAUAAAAUGAAAAGUAUAAAACAUGAAAUUUUAAACACCAAACAUGUAUGCACGACAGCAGAUAUCUGGAGUAGCCACAGUCGUCGAUUCAUUGGUGUGACUGUUCAUUGGAUUGAUGCACAGUCUGUCAAAAGAAUUUCAUAUGCCAUUGCCUGCAAACGAUUUUCCGGAAGCCACACACAUGACAGAAUUGCCAAUAUUUUGAAUGAAAUUCAUUCAAACUAUGAAAUUACUAGUGAGAAGUUGAUAGCCACUGUAACGGAUAAUGGUUCCAAUUUCGUCAAAGCUUUCCAAAAUUUUGGAGUUCAUUUAGAUGAUUCUUUGUUUUAUGAAGGUGAGUCAAUUAAGAAUUUUUGUAUAUACACUUACAUGCAAACAAUAAAGACAUUGAUAGAUAGAUAUAGUAAUAGAAUUUUAAAAAAGGGUUAUGAGAGGAUAAACUUUUUGCGUUUUAUAAUAUUACGCUCAAAAAUGGUCAAAAGGCUCGAAGUGAAGCCAAAACGUUCGUUAUUUAUGAAGAUUUAAGAUUGGUAUUAAAAAAUAUUGUGUGCACCAAAUUUUGUAUCUCCUUUUUGUAUAAUCCUUUUAUUAGUCAAUUCUAUUGUUAUUUGAUAUUAGAAAGUCUAAGUCUAAGUCUAAACCUUUUAGUUUUUGUAUUUUUGUUUAAUUUUAAACAUAUAUUGAAAAUUCUAAGUCAUCAAAAUUCGAAAGCAACUUUGUGUGAAAAUUUACUUUUUACAGAAACCUCCGUAAAAAUUUGAAAUUUUAACAACUUACAAAAAAUUCAAAAAUCUUCCGUCCUAUAAUUUCCAAAGUUUUUCAAUAGUGUACAGCCCCUAUAUUACGUCUACCGACAACUAUCGAUGCUCGGAUUUUAUAUCUACAAAAAGCUGCGCAACAAUAGUUAACGACAUCAAUAAUUAUCGAUAAAUGAUUACGGAAUAUGUUUUAGACUACAUCGAAGUAUAUGGAGAACAAGAUCAAAAUGAACAUCAGUCUAUGGAAGCAGUGUCUUUUGAAAGAAUUGUUUCUCCGUUAUUACCUCCUCAUCAAAGAUGUGCUAGCCACACUCUGCAUUUAGUUGCAACAACUGAUAUCUUAAAUGGUAUCAAUUCACUGGAAAAUAUUAAAUUGUUGUACAAUGAUAUAAUCAAGAAAUGCACGAGUUUAUGGAACUUGAUAAGAUCUCCAAAAAAAUAUGAGAGAGUGGUCGAAACUUUGGGAGAAGCCUUAAAACGACCCGUUGCUACGCGAUGAAAUUCGUUGUUCGACUGUUUUAAACAACUUAUAAAAUUGAAAGACAAACUUUUGAUCUUAUAUUGUCAAUUGGAUAUUGUAGAUCCUUUAACAACGAGCGAUUUUAUGUAAUAUACACAAUUUGGAAUACAUGCUAAGUAAAACUUUCAACUGAUUUGUUAAUAUGUUAUUAAUUCUACAGAUUUAUAGAGGAGUAUGUCAAAUGCACUGAGCCAAUUGCAGAAGCACUUGAUAUUCUUCAGGGUGACGUUGACGUUAGCUAUGGUUACUUGCUACCAACAAUUAUUUCUGCUAAAAAUAAAUUGCAGAAAAUAAUCAAUGCAGAUCUAAUUUAUUGUACAGCAUUGGUUAAUCUAUUAAUAACGAGUUUGGAAAAAAGGUAAAAAAAUUUAUUUCUACAAUAAAUU